AUGAGUGAUAGUAGCGAAUUUUUAGAAAAACAUCAACAAGAUAUAUUAAAUCAAUUAAAUAAUCUCAAAGAGAAAAUCGAAAAUUUAGAAAAUAAAAUGGAAACCAUUGAAGAUACUCAAGUUCAACAACCAACCGAAGAAAUCACACAAAUUAAAGAUGAUAUUAUUGUAGUCGAUGAUGCUCAAAAAACAAUUGAACAAGAAGAAAUUAAAAAAGAAGAACCUGAAAAUGAUGAAUCAUCAGAAGAAAUUACUCAACAACAACAACAAGUAGAAGAACAAGAAGAAGUUAAGCAAGAAGAGCCAGUUGUUGAACAACAACAAAAAGAAGAUGAAAUUAAACAAGAAGAACCAAUUGUUGAAGAACCAAUUGUUGAGGAACCAAUUGUUGAGCAACAACAAGAAGAGGAAGUUAAACAAGAAGAACCAAUUGUUGAAGAACCAAUCGUUGAGGAACCAAUUGUUGAACAACAAGUAGAAGAAAUUAAACAAGACGAACCAAUUGUUAAAGAACCAAUUGUUGAACAACAAGAAGAAAAAGAAGAAGAAGAAGUAAAACAAACACAAGAAGAAACUACAACUGUUACAGAAUCAGUUGUGGUCACUGAAACUGUUAUUACUGAAGAAGAGAAAAAUGAAACUACUAUUACUACUGCUACUACCACUACCACCACUACCGAACAACCAACUAUUGAACAACAACAACAAGAAGAGGAAGAAUCAAGACCAGUUAUUGAAUCUGAACCAAUUGUUGUUGUUGAAGCAACUGAACAACCAACAGUUGAAGAAGAAUCCGAUGAAGAAGAUAAAAAAGAAACUAAUGAAAAUGAUAAAUCAUCAUCCAAUGAUAAUAAUAAUAAUAAUAACGAUAAACAAGAAGAACAAAAAGAACAAACAAAUGGUAAAAAUGAAAAAGAUGAAGAAGAAGAAAAAGAAAAAGAUAAUAAAAAAGAUAAAGAAGAAGAAGAAGUUGAAAAAGAGGAUGAAAAUAUAUUAUCACAAGCAGAAUUAGCAAACUUUUAUAAACUUGAAGGUAAUGAAUACUUUAAACAUAAUAUUUACUUUGAUGCAAUCGAAAGUUAUUCAAAAGCCAUUUCAAUUAAACCAUCACAUCUCUUGUAUAGUAAUAGAUCAAUUUCAUAUUAUAAAUUUGGAUUAUUUGCUGAAUCACUUCAAGAUGCAUUGGAAUCAAUUAAAUUGGAAGCUAAUUGGGUUAAAGGUUAUCAUAGAGCUGGUCAAGCUUUAGAAAAAUUAAAUCAAAAAGAUGAAGCCAUCAAAUAUUAUGAAAAAGGUCUUUUAAUUGAACCAGAUCAUCAACCAAUGAGAGAUGCUUUAGAUAGUAUUUUAAAUGUUGGUAAAGAAGAUCAAAAAGGUGAAAAUACUUCCUCUGAUAGUGAAUCAGAUAGUGAAUCAGAUAGUGAAGAAGAAAGUGAAUCUGAUUCAGAAUCUGAUUCAGACUCUGACGACUCUGACGAUGAUGAUGAUAACACUUCAAAUCAAAAUAAAUCUAUCGUACCAUAUGGACCUGUUGCUAAAGUGGCAAUUGCAACUUCAAUUGUUGGUGCAAUUGCUCUUGGUUUCUAUCUUAUAACUAAAUUAAAAAAAUAA